AUGUUUCGUUUCGGAUCUAACGGUACAGGUACCAACAAUCUUACAGAUCAUAACUGUUCAAACAAAGAUGUAAAUCAACCAACUCUUCCUGAAGUUAUUCAAGAAAAAAAUAUUUCAGAUACACAUUGUACAGAACUAAUUGAUUCUAUUGCUAACUGGUGCGUGACUAGCAUGUGUCCAUUUCACUGUGUUGAAGAUCCAUGUUUUAUAAUUGUAUCUCAGUUCUUGUUAGAUAUUGGUGCUCGAUACGCACGAUUACCUGUAGGAAAAGUAAGAGCAGAAAAUAUUUUGCCUUGUGCAAAUACAGUCAAAAGACGUAUUCAAACUCUUGUAGGCAUUACUCGAUCAGAAGUAGCAGCUCAUUUAGCUGCUGCAGGUGCACGUGAAUCACAAGAUAUUCAUUUUGCAGCUGCUAUGCUGAAUCCAAGUUAUCAUACUUUGCGGCAGGCAACGAAAGAAGAACAAACACGACCACAAAAAUAUUUAAGAAAAAGAUUAGAAGGUAUUACUCAAUCUGUUGCAUCAUCAGUACUUAUGCGUAGUGACAGUGAUGAUGAUCAUGACAAUCGUGAUUAUUUUGCAAGAUAUGUAGAUAAUCCACCAAUAUCACGUAAAAAAGAUGAAAUAUCUCGAUAUCUUAAAUUUGACCAUUGUGAAACAAACACAUCUGAUAUACUUGAAUUUUGGAAGACAAUGAUUGUACAAGAAAAAUAA